AUGUCCGUCGAAGUUGACCCGCCUGAGCUGGGCUUCAAGCGCCCCUUCAAUCAGGAAGUUUGCCAGAUCCUCCAUCUGCAAAACCCAGGCCAGGAAGCGGUUGUCUUCAAGGUCAAGACUACCGCCCCAAAGCACUACUGUGUCCGUCCCAACUCCGGCCGUGUCGAGCCCGGCAAGACUGUCGAAGUCCAAGUGCUUCUGCAAGCUAUGAAGGAUGAGCCCGCGUCGGACGCAAAGUGCAAGGACAAGUUCCUGGUUCAGUCCGUCGCGGUCGGCCGCGAUAUGGAGUUCUCAAACGUCACCGCCAUCUUCGAGAAAACUUCCAAGUCCGCCGUUAUUGAGAAGAAGAUCCGAGUUAAUUGGUUGGCAUCCGAUGCCAACCUUGCCACUGAUUCCUCGAAGCUCGGCGCAAACGACUCGGUACUCGAAGAGGAACCCCCGGCCUACACCUCUCCCGGCGGAAACUUUGAGACUCCAGCCCCGGGCAAGAAGAACCUCGCCGAGCAAGCAUCGCCCAUCCCUCCCCCCGAUUUCUCCGAGAAGACCAAGUCCGAGUCCGAGUCCCCCCAGUCCAGCGAGCCCGCCGGCGCGUUCGCAACCGCCAAGGCCGCUGUAAUCGGCGCCAUCCCCUCAAGCGACGAAAUGAAGGCACAGCUUGCCGAUGCGAACGCACAGAUCCAACGACUCAAGGACCGACUGGCAGAUCAGGGCUUGCGACAGCGGAAGACUGGCGUUGAGGCGAAGGCCGCUCCGGCUACAAUGACGCAGCAGCACGGUCCCGCCGAGUCAGGCGUGCCUGUCCAGAUGGUUGCCGGGCUGUGCCUGCUCAGCUUCUUGAUCGCCUACUUCUUCUUCUAA